UGUGGUGGUAUCAACGCUGCCAGUCCCCCUCCACUUCAACAACUCAAUAUCAUCACUGCGAUCAAAGAAGCUGGCAAUUUAAAGAGUCAGAGCGUUGCGGCGUUUCAGGAGCUGUUGGAUAAUAAGAAAGAGAUAAGAAGGCAACGCAGGAGGCACACAUACCAUACACUUAUGUCUCUGCCAAACUCCUUUGCUGCCUAUUUUGUUGAUUAUUUGCUCCAUCCUCGACAAACUUCUCCCCAUCUCACCAUCUACGGCUCUGGUCAAGCUAAGGGGUACGUACAUCAUCAUCAUCAUUUUCCCAGCUCCUUCACCUCUGCUAAA